GAUGCGCGAGUCCUUCGGGAGCACAGGCAAGCGUAGUGCAUACCACGGAUAUAUCCAAGUCAACUCCAGGAUCUAGGAACCCUCUGCACCUGUGACGGCUCUUUUCGGAGCAGGCAGCUUCCAAGUAGCAGAUCGAAAGCAGAAGCCCCAGGAUGGUCUACGACAUGACCCACAUGGCGGCGGGUCCGCCGCAGAGCAUUUCGCUGAGCCGCUACUACCUGCCCGAGGACGACGAGUUGGUGGGCCCGAACAAUCCGCACCUGGUCAACGAGGACUAUGCGGCCAGCACGACCCUGGAUAUCGACAAGCGCUUCCAGGCGCGCAUGGCCUGCGAAACGGCUGCCCAGCCGGCGCCGCCACCGCCGCCCACGCCGGCACCACGUCGCCGGACCACGCCCAUCGCCCACCUGGAUCCCUCGGAGCUGGUGGGUCUGUCCCGCGAGGAGCGACGUCGCCGGCGGCGGGCCACCCUGAAGUACAGGACGGCGCAUGCGACGCGGGAGAGGAUCCGCGUGGAGGCCUUUAACGUCUCCUUCGCCGAGCUGCGCAAGCUGCUGCCCACCCUGCCGCCGGACAAGAAGCUCUCCAAGAUCGAGAUCCUCAAGCUGGCCAUCUGCUACAUUGCCUAUCUGAACCACGUGCUGGAGACCCCCUGA